AUGCUGCAGCAGGCCGCUUUGGGAAGGUCUGGUAUUUGUUCUUGGUUGGUGGUCAAGGUGACGAAAGUAUGGUACUGUACGACAAGGACGUACAGUAUUUACAUGCGGAUCUUCAUCGACUCGGGAAGGGCAGUCCUUUGUAUUGAUUGGCGAGAAGCAGAGCUUGAGAAAGGACAAAGAGAUUUGGAUUGUGACCUGAGUACCUAUUCGACUGAUACCUGCGAGUACUUUAUUUGCUCGAUUAUCGCAACAACAGCAAUAAAUAUCAAAACGAGGCUGCAGCCUGCAGCCAAGGAUGUUUGAAAGGCCUGGAAUUUCCCAUCUGGCUAUGUACGACCCUGACCUUGAUCAAAAAAAUAAAGCACAAAAAUAUAGACCGUGAUCGUCGUCUCCGCGGGGAUAUGGGACAUGCCCUCAAGCCUGGCAACUUGGGUGUCAUUUACUUGGACUACCGGUAAUUGAACCCAACCUAGCCACCAACCAAC